AUGAUAGCUCGAAACAGAAACUGGCAGGGUCAAACAAAAGGAAAUCAUCCUAAAGCGAACUCAAAUAUAGAUAAGUAUAAGUUCAAAUGCACUCACUGCAAUCAGCAAGGACACACUAAGAGUCGUUGUUUUGAACUUAAUGGAUAUCCAGAAUGGUGGGAUCACAGUCGGGAUCAACGAAGAAAGAAUCCAACUGCAGCAGUUGCUGAGGCAAAAAACAUAGAUGAAGCCUCCAAAGAUUCCACUACUUUGAUGGCAAUCAGAGGUAAUGGUGGUGAGUUUUUUGUACCUAUUACUAAUAGCACAUGGAUAAUUGAUUCAGGUGCUAUUGAUUAUAUGACUUUUGAUUCUAGACAAAGUUCCACCAUGAAACCAUCCUCAAAAGAAUUGAUUUCCACUGCCAAUGGUGACACAACCUCUGUUAUUGGAAAAGGAUCCUUAACUCUUACUAAUAAUUUCACUUUGGAUUCUGUUUUAGUUGUUCCAUCUCUUGAAUAUAACCUUUUGUCUGACAUUCAGACCAGACAGACGAUUGGUUAUGGUGUUAAACAAGGAAGAUUAUACUAUUUGGACUUGGUGUCAAAAGAUUCUGGGAAGUUAGAAAGCGCUUUGACCAUGAAGAGUUCUACCAAACAAAAAGAAGAAACUGAAAUUUGGUUAUGGCAUCUCGCCUCGGACAUGCUUCAUUUAGGUCCUUCUAAGAUUUCUACUCUAAGAGGAUCACCUUGGUUUGUUACUUUCAUAGAUGACUACACUAGAAUGACUUGGUUAUUGUUAAUGAAGUCCAAAGGAGAAGUGAACUUGAUAUUUCAAAAGUUUCACAAAAUGAUUGAAACCCAAUACAAUGCAAAAGUUCAGGUUCUUCUUAGUGACAAUGGUGGUGAAUACCAAAGCCUUGACCUCAAGAGGUACUUGGAAACUUUCCUAAACAAAGUGGUUACCCUUGGUAGUACAGAUUUGCCUCCUCGUGUUUUUGGUUGUGUAGCAUUCGUUCAUAUUCAAAAGAAUCUAAACAAAUUGGCACCACGGGCUUUACGAUGUCUGUUUCUUGGAUAUGCUAUACACCAAAAAGGGUAUCAGUGUUACCAUCCUCCAACUAAACGAAUGUUUAUAAGCAUGAAUGUUGUUUUCCAUGAACAAAUAAUGUAUUUCUCUUCAGAAUCUGCACUUCAGGGGGAGAACCAUAAAGAACUGCAGACUCUAGACUAUAAUUGCCAAGAAUAUGUAUAUCUUGAGAAAGACCAUUUGGAGGUAAAUUGUAGUAACGAUAAUUCUUGUGCAGAUAACUUACAAUCAAGUUGUACAGAUGAGAUGGAAAAUGAAAUAAAUGGGACUUCACACUAUGAGGUGGUGACCGAACUUGGUAUGACUCCUCUUGUUGACACACCAAACCAAUCAUCUAUUGUCAUGGAUGCUCUUAAUCUGGUGCCAACAAAAAGGUAA